GCAAGGAUGCUGAACAGAGCUGGCAGGUCUUUAGGGAAGCUCUCCAUCCCCAGGUGCAGCAAGUCAGGAAAGGUAGGCAAGAGACCAGUGUGGCUGGGGCUGCUCAGGCCAAGCAGAGGAGGCCCAGAACAUCCAUCAGCACUGGGGCCCUGCUGGAGCUGUGGGGCAGGAAGUGCAGAGUGGGAGGAAACGGCGGGGCAGCGCAGCAGAUGGGCAGGUUUCACUUUUGGAAGCGGCCGCCUGUGCUCCGUGCCCCCUGGCGGCGUCCCCAUACCACCACAUUGUGGCACCGCAGGUGUCCCGGAGGUUGGGAACUUGCGUGUGGUCGGUGCCGACGCCAGGUCCUCGCGGGGGGAACCGCCCCAUCCCUGCCUGCAUUGCAGGGGGGGGCAAUGGGUCCGCACACCUGCGGGCGGUGACGACCCUGUGCUGCGUGCACCUGCCUUGGGCACAGGGACCUCGUUGGCCCGGGGGGGUCAAAGAACAGGCACGGGUAUACAGAACGAGACCCCGUCUGGGGAUGCUUCUGUCCCAGCCCCAGCUGUAGGACAUGUAACGCCAGGUCCUGGUGGCUCCCCUUGGGGAUGUGCGGGUGCUGAGCCCCCCCGGCAGGGCUGUGUGAGGGCAGAAGCGGAGCUCAGCCUCAUAUUUGGGCACAGUGCAAGUUAUUGGUGGCUGGCGGCUGAUAACCCGGCUGAUAACGGCUGCGAGGGGCCUCCGCUGCACCCAUUGGCUCCCGGCAGCAGGGGCUGCCUAUAUCUCCCCUCCCGGCCCGGGCUGUCAGGUCUGUGGGGUGGGAUGGAGCCUUGCAGGGUGCUGCGGUUGCUGCUCUGCACGCAACUGUGUGGGCUGAGUGCUGGGCCUGCAGCUGUGACGCAGCCGUCCCCGGCCCCGGCAACGUCCCCACAGAUGAGUACCGCAUCUGCCCAUCUGCGGCUGGUGGACGGCGGCCAUCGCUGCGCCGGGCGGGUGGAAGUGAAGCACGAGGGCGAGUGGGGCUCCGUCUGCGCCUACGACUUCGACUGGGACGCCCGCGGGGCCGGUGUGGUGUGCCGGCAACUGGGCUGCGGGGCCGCAGUGAGGGCAUCCCCGUUUGCCCCGUUCGGGCAGGGCAAGGGACGCAUCUGGCUGCACCCUUUCAACUGCCGGGGAACGGAGGAGGCCCUGCAGGACUGCUACAACUUCGGCUGGGGACGGCAUUUCUGCGGCCACGAGUGGGACGUGGGAGUGACCUGCACGGAGGCGCUAGAGCUGCGGCUGGCGGCCGGCAGGGGACCCUGCGAGGGGAGAGUGGAGGUGAAGCUGCGGGGCCGCUGGGGCACGGUGGCGGACGGCGCCUGGACCAUGAAGGAUGGCGAGGUGGUGUGUCAGCAGCUGGGCUGUGGCUCGGCGGCCGGCGUCUAUCACGGCUCAAAAUUCGGCCCGGCGGAAGGUCCCAUCAACCUGGCCGUAGUUAGUUGCAGAGGGAAUGAGAGCGUGCUUUGGGACUGCGCCAUUCAGGGCUGGGGGCCCUACGACGGCCAUCACGACCACGACACCGCCGUCGUGUGCCAAGGGUUCUCCCGGCUGGUCGGAGGGGACGGCGCCUGCGAGGGUCGGCUGGAGGUGCGGCGGGGCCGGGCCUGGCUGGGCGUCUGCCACGGCCGCGUGGACGAGGAGAGCGCCCGGGUGCUCUGCAGGGAGUUGGGCUGCGGUGCGGUGCUGGCCCUGCCCGAGCCCGGCCGCUUCGCAGCUGCGCCGGGGCCGCUCUGGGACGGCGCCUUCAAGUGCGACGGCUCCGAGCCCCUCCUGGCCGCCUGCGCAGCGCGGCCGGCCCCCGAGCACCGCUGCACCGACCCCGCCGCCGUCGUCUGCUCCCCCUACACCGGGUUCCGACUGGCGGACGGCGGCUCGCCCUGCGCCGGGCGGGUGGAGGUGGAGGAGCGGGGAACGUGGGGACCGCUCUGCGCCGGAUCCUGGAAACUGCCCGACGCCCACGUCCUCUGCCGACACCUGGGCUGCGGCUCGGCCGCCUCCGUUCAGCCGGGAGGCCGUUUCGGGACGGGGAAAGGACCGCUGCGGCGCGACCACCUCGGCUGCGUGGGGAACGAGCGGCACCCCGGCCAGUGCCCGGCCGCGGUGCUGGGGGAACCCGCCUGCGUCCCCGGCCAGGCGGCCGCCGUCAUCUGCUCCGGAGCCGCCAAGAGCCUGCGGUUGCGGGGCGGGGAGAGCCGGUGCGACGGGCGCCUGGAGGUGUCCCCGCGCCCCGACGUCUGGACCGGCGUGUCCGCGGGAUCCCGCGACAACGGCACCGCGGCCGUGGCGUGCCGACAGCUGGACUGCGGGGUGCCCGAAAAGACGUACACUGCGCCGAGAGGCGGCUCGGGCACCGCGGAGCUGCGCUGCGAGGGCGGCGAGGAGUUCCUGUCGCAGUGCAACGCUUCGGGGUUGGGCCGCGGCCCCUCGGCGCUGGCCGUGGUCUGCUCAGGCAGCCGGCGGCUGAGGCUCGCGGGCGGCCCCGGGCGCUGCGCCGGCAGGGUGGAGGCGUACAUCGACGGCGCCUGGAGCUCCGUGUGCCGAGACGCCUGGAGCCUGCGGGACGCCGCCGUCGUCUGCCGCCAGCUGCGCUGCGGGACGGCUCUGGAGGCGCCCGGCCCCGAGCGUUUCGGCUCCGGUACCGGGACGCCGUGGGCGGGCGCCGGGGGCUGCGCGGGGACGGAGGCGGUGCUCUGGGACUGCCCGGGGACGGGCGGCGGCUGCGGCGGCGGCGGCGGAGCCGGAGCGGUGUGCUCAGCGCUGCGGGCCCUGCGGUUGGAGGGCGGCGGCUGCGGCGGGAUCCUGGAGCUGCUGCACGACGGCACGUGGGGCCGCGUCUGCGCCAACGGCACCGUAGAAGACGGCACCGCCGCGGCCGCCGCCGUGUGCCGAGAGCUGGGCUGCGGAGCCGCGGGGAGGCUGCACGCCGUCCCGGAUCGGGGCUCGGGCCCCGCCUGGCUGGGACGGGUGCGCUGCGAGGAAGGGAGCCGCUCGCUCUGGCGCUGCUCCUCGACGCCCUGGCGCCUGCGGUCCUGCGGCCCCGCCGGGGUCACGCACGUGGCCUGCGAUGAGGAUGGAAGCGACGUGGUCGCCAGCCCGGCCCCGGGGAGCGGCUGUCGGGACGGGGACGUCUGCGCAGCUGCCCCGCUGGGAGAUGUGCCGCUGCCCACAGUGCUGUGCGUGCUGCUGGGGAUGCUGCUGAGCCUGGCCCUGACUGCCCUGGCCCUGCAGGUGCACCGCACUCGGGCUCAGCGUGCAGGCCCCAGCCAGGACACCGGCUCCGAGGCUGUGUACGAGGAGCUGGACUACAGCCAGGUGCCUGAGUGCUCGGAGGGGCCCAGCCGUGCAGGCUCUCUGCUGCAGGGCUCGGGGAUGCAGUUUUCACAUCGCAUCGGGGUUGAGGAGGAGAGGAGUGGCACCACAGGGAUGCUGUGUGCAGACUAUGAUGAUGCCACAGCCAUGCCCGAGGAGACCCUCAGGGAGAUGGGGUAUGAUGACGUUGACAUCAGUGCCCCAGGGAGAGGCCCCCUGCUGUGAGGAGGCUCUGGUUGGGAAAACAACUGCCCCCUCAGAAGGGUGGCCCUGGCGUGGGGGUGUCACCCAGCCUUGCAGAAUGGCUCCGAGGCUCCUCCUUCUGCUGCCCCCUCACAUCUCGUUAAGGUGUGUGUUAAGCAGUAAAAUAGUCUUUCAGUGUGAA